AUAAAAUUCACAAAAACCCAAAACCCUACUGCAGGCCGCAGAGUAGAGCGCCACCUUCCCCAUACAUUCGUAGCUGUACCGAAGUCGCAUGGUCAUACCAACGGGUGGAGCUAACCCAAGUCGCAGUUAUAAACAAGCUCUAAUGUUCUGGGACUCGGUAGAAUUAAUUCUUCCGAAAUCCGAAUGCAAGCCAUAAUAAGCCUUAUGCUUGAAACAUUUCCGUUUUGGGUUGUAGAAGGAAGAUGAUGUGCAUAUUACUUAGGAGGUGACUCCUUUGGCCCUGAUUUGUGUAGCUUGAUUUUGUUAUCACACCUUUAUGGGAGAUGAUGAGGUUCUAAUAAUGACGCAAGACCAUGGCACAAAGAGGAAGACUGCGCACCAACUCGAGGCUCUGGAGAAACUCUAUUCAGAGGACCAUUGUCCUACACAAAAAGCUAUGGAGAACUAUGCCGUGACUCUGAAGUUGACAUAUAAGCAAGUACGUGGCUGGUUUGCUCAAAAGAGGAGAAGGGAGAGAAGGGAAAAUAGAGUAUGUUUAUUGAGUAAGAAAUGUUUAAUAAGCAGAACUGAUUGUAGCAGACUAAGUGGAUGUGGAAAAAAGAUAUUCAAGUCAGAUUCGUUGGCUCAAAGAGUGGAAACAUCUUCAUUUUCAAAACCCAAUCAAUUGCGGCUGGUAAAGUUAGACCAAUCCAAGAAGAAGCACCAUAGGUCAUGUUAUACCAGUCAAUGUGUUGGGCAUGGAGAUGGAAGGACCCAACCCCUGCAGCUGAAGAACUUUAUGGUUCAAAGCAGGAAUACAAAGCUAAACAAAAAGGUUUACCCCCUUCAAGACAUGCUUCCUCCAGAUUACAUUCUGCAGAAAGUAUUCAGAAAAGAUGGUCCUCCUCUUGGUGUGGAGUUUGAUACUCCUCCUGGUGCAUUUUGCUGUUGGAGAGGUGCCAGAAAUUCUCUUCCUGCUUGCCAAGACGACAAAAAAGAACCCAAAGGGAGAAAGGUAGUGGAAAUAAAUUUCCAAUUGGUUGAACAUCUUUGGGUUUGAUAAAAUUUGCCAUUAUAUUUGUAGUGAUACCAGUAAGAGGCAUGACUAUCAAAUAUUAAUCGUUGGAAAAAAAAAAUCUGGAGCAGAUCCUGUAUUGAUGCUUUUUAAAUAUUUUCUUUUACAAGUUAUGGUUAUUAAUAAAAACUAAUCAUUCGAAGCUGUGUAUUAUACUUACUGUGUUACUAUUAGUCAAACGUUAUUAUUGCCUAAAUUUUUUUAUGAUAAUUAUAAAUUUUAUGUAAUGGGGAGAACCCCAAAGAACAACUUCACUUACUGUGUGCACUGUUGAAGACCAGCAAGCUAUACUAGGGUUUACAAAGCAUGGAAAUUCUGCUAAUUGAUUGAAAUAAAACUUUGAAGCUGAGAUUCCUGGACCUCUUAUCAUUGUAAAAAGAAACCUCUUGACCUGAUAAACAUCACUGACCUUUGAAUGAUACUGUAUCGAAAAAAUAUUUUUGCUGUUGGAAUAUCUUUGUCCACAGGCUCCUCCCAUGACUGAUUGGUAUUUUACUACUUAGCUUUCUCCUUUAUACAAAUGAUUAAAGAAAGAAGGACAUUGUAUUUUCAGAAUUUGAUAUAAAGAAGAAGAUGGAAGAAAUGCAGAAAUAAAUGCGGAUAGGUUGAUGUGAAGGAAAAUAAAUGUAGAGGUCGACGAAGGGUUCUGUAGAGAGAAAAGUGAUUUUCAGUUUUAAGAUGGUGCAGCGGCAAUGGUUUUGGUCAUAUGACUGCAAAACAGAAUCCCUGGCCGUUAAAGGAGGUUUAAAUGAUGGUAGUUAUAUAGAAAUUGAUGGAGGAAAUAAGUAAUUAGUCAGAUAAAGAGAAAAACUAAACAGAGGCAGAAUCAACCCAGUUGGUAUGCUUAUAUAUGCAGAAUGAUGACACUGGACAGAACUGAAAUAAAAUUAGAGAUUAGUUAAAUCCCAAACCGACCUGAUCCGUUGGAGGAAGAAGUGCAGAAACUGAUUCUGUAAAACUAGAUAACAGAAGUCAAUAAGACGAGAAGCAGAAGAUAAGAGAUGAUGGAGAGAAUCAAGGAGACUACCUAACACUUUGCUAUAUUAUAGCCAAGAUAAAUCUCUAGAAGGUGAGUAUACAAAUGAAUAGCACAAGUAGUGAUUCUCACAAGAUGGGCACUAAGGAGACUGAAAGACGUUCAAUUUCAAGCACUAAGUGUCUUGCCAAAAGGCCCCAACAAAGUUCUUAAAUAACACUUCAAGGGGGCUAAAAAACCUGUCAAUACAAGGUCUAAUGGGCAAAAAAUUGCCUAACCGGUCGACCAGUCUCCUCAGUCGGUCGUCCGGAUGUCAGUGACCGUUAAUGUAUAUAGCCAUUUGAAUAGUAACUGGAUCGACACCGGUGGGCCGCCCAAGCGACCGGAUGACUUCUGGCUGUUGUUGGUACAAGAGUCGACAUGUGUCUGCUCUUUGGAGGCUUGCCGCUGGUUGCUGCCGGCGAGCUGGUGAAGCGACCGAUUGCUCCUCGAAGCGAUCAGAUGCCUUCUAGAUUUAAUCCUAAUUUUGAUUUUGAUUAUAACUUGGACUCCAAUAUUAUUCCAACAUUUUCAAAGUCAAAACGACUCAAUUUAGGUCAUGCU